AACGUGCUGAAGAACCUGGAUGACAAAGCUUUUGACAAGCCCAUCUGCGAGGCUCUUUUAAACCAGAGGUUUUUCAAUGGAAUCGGGAAUUAUCUCCGCGCCGAGAUCCUGUACAGGUUGAAGAUCCCUCCCUUUGAAAAGGCUCGGACUGUGCUGGAGGCCCUGAAGGAGCAGGAGCAGGAGAGGAGGCAGAAGAAUCCCUCCCUCACGCUGAGCAAGAAGCUGAAGCUGAUGCGGGAGAACCCGGAUCUCCUGGAGCUGUGUCACACCGUGCCCAUGGAGGUCAUUGCCACGGAGAAGAACCCCUCUGACCCGGAUCACUCGGAUAACUACGCCGCGUUCAAGGGCUGGCUGCAGUGUUACCUGGUGCCCGGCAUGAGCUCCCUGCGUGACCGCAAUGGCAGGACCAUCUGGUUCCAGGGAGAGCCUGGCCCCAUGGCUCCCAAAGCGCAGGCACCCCGCAGGAAGCGCGCUCAGCUCAAGUCAGACCCCGAGGCUCUGACCCCCAAG